GUUCUUAUCCGCACGAGGUUUUAACUAAAAAAGACAAUGCUCCGACACCAAGCAACGACGAAGAACAACCAGAAAAUAGAUCUCAGCCUUGGCAAAUGGCAGGAGAGUGCCCUGAAAACACUAUUCCAAUCAAAAGAAUAACAAAAGAAGAUCUUCUAAGAGUAGAUGAUAUCAAGAAUUACGGGAAAAAAUCGAAUAUCUCUCAGCCUCAUCAAUCCUAUCACCCGAAGGAUAUCACUCAAGUUAAUGGCCAUGAGUAUGCGAUCACAUAUGUUAAUGGUGGUCUUUUCGGCGGAGCCAAAGCACAGAUAAACGUGUGGAAACCACGGGUCCAAGAAGUAGGAGAAUCCAGUUUCUCAGAGAUAUGGAUCGUAGGAGGAAAAUUUGAUGCUGGUUUGAACUCAAUACAAGCUGGUUCGCAUGUCCAUCCGGGUCUAUAUGGUGAUGACAAUCCUCGAUUUUUUAUUUACUGGACAAGAGACAAUUAUCAGAAUACAGGAUGCUACAAUCUCAGGUGCCCCGGCUUUGUUCAAAUAAACAAAAGACUCACCCCUGGUUAUUUGUUAACACCCAUCUCCACCUAUAAUGGUCCGCAAUAUAAAUUUACCAUAAAAAUAUGGAAGGAUCCAAAGACAGGAAACUGGUGGUUACAAUUGAAUGACCAAGAGUUGAUAGGGUAUUGGCCAAAAGAGAUAUUCACAACCCUUGCAAAUGAAGGGGCAAGCGUGAUUGAAUGGGGUGGUGAAGUGGUGAACAAUAAGAAAGACGGACAACACACAACCACUGAAAUGGGAAGUGGACAUUUUCCAAGUGAAGGAUUUGGAAAAGCAAGUAGCUUUGAAUUCAUCAAAAUCAUUGAUAUGAAUGGUGGUAUAAGAGAUCCCGUUGCAGUUAAAACCUCAGUGAGUCGGCCUACUUGUUACGAUAUCAAAACUGGUUAUGAUAAUAAACAACACCAGUUUUUUUUCUACUAUGGUGGUCCUGGUCUUAACCCGAAAUGUCAUUAGAGAUCGAUCGCAUAUCUAUAUAUAAUUUUAAAUAAAAUUUGUUAAAGUUGUAUUGUGCUCCGGAUGGUUGUGAAUGUAGACCAAGUCUACUUCAUUCUCUAG